AUGGAGUCUCGCGAUGAGCGAACUCUUUCGCUACUCCAUUUACGGAAAACGUUUUCCGAAUACUUGAAAAUCCCAGUGUCAGGCAGUCGAAGUAAUGAUCCGUCACGGUUACUACCUCUUUUUCACAAGGUCAUGUCCAUGUAUACACCUCAACAACUCGUAGCAGAAUUCAAAGAAGUAGUCCAUUUUGCAACAUUUUUAUGCAGUGUUCUAGUUAAAGAAGUCCGGCAAAGAGCAGCAAGCACAGGAACAAUCGAAGCUGCUCAGAGCAUUGCAGAGUUCCUUCGUCCAGGAACCGAUCUCAAAGGAUUCUCGAUUUUGGAUGCGAUUCGAUUCCUUUUAUCUUCAGACGAUGAAGUGAUGAUUGAUGCGGCAUGUAAAGUUUCACUUCCAUCCACACUUGUGAAGACAAUUUACUUGUUUUUUGAUUUACCAAAUGUGGCUACUGUAACUCCAGAAAACUCUGAAAGUAGCUCAGAAUCUGAAGAUAGUAUUAGGAUCAAUAAUGAGAAGUUGUUCGAUAUGAUUUCUCAAAUCAUGGAAGGACUCUGCAAGUUCAAAUGUGUCAGUGAAGAAUUGGUUCGAAAAGAUGAUCUUCUGUUAUUAUUUGUUGGAACAACAUCACAAGUGGCAGAUGCAAACAACUGUUGGAGAAAACUUUGUUCAAGGCUUUUGGAAGUUAUAGCUGAUAAGUCAAUCACAAAUGCUGUCAUCAAGUAUGUAAUUGUCAAAAAAUGCGUUCGGAUAUUCGUCAAAAAUCUCUCAUCAGCUCCUGCAACAUCGCAUUCGGACUCUCAAAAAACAGCAGAAUCAAUCAUCUGUCUAGCUUGUUUCUUGAAGAAUUCCGCAUAUCUGACAGAUCAGCUUCUGGACGAAUUCUACGAAGCUGAUGGGUAUACGGUCAUCAAGGAUUUCUUAUUACGAAAUGAAGCAGACAACGAAAUAGUCAGAAACAUUUUAAUCAUGACUAUCUCGUUAUAUACAUCCGGACUAGUUCAACUUCCAUCUUUUCAACUUCCGAUUCCAGCUGGAAAUGGACUUAGCGUACGGAAUCUCAAUGCAUUUGCACUUCUCUAUCAUGUUUUCUUAGAGAGCUCAUCCGAAGCAACAUCAUGUACAGUAAUCGACAUUCUUCAUUCAAUUUAUACAUGUGAUCCUGCUAACUAUUUCAUUUUAGAUCGUGAAUAUCCUCUAUCAAUAUUCAUCGAUCAAUUGGAAAGAAAACAACAUUCUGUGAGAGUGAAACUUUUGGAACUGGUCGAAUUUGCAGUGUUCCAAUUGAAUCAUAUUCCAUGUCGAGAGUUGAUAAGUCUUUGCGUACUUCUUAAAACCGAAAUUUCGGCUGGAAAAACUGCAAUGUGCACAAUUAUUGUACAGAUGUGUUUCAAGUUGAUUACGGUAGAUGCAAUUAUAAAAGUAAGAGUUUUACGAUUUCAAGUGUUUUCUAUUUUUGGAAUUUUGAAGGAUGCAUUUCGAGAAGUUGGACUGCUGGAUGCCCUGUGUUAUAUCAUUCGUCGGAUGUAUGAAAUGUAUGAAAAAAGUGGGCAAGCUUCAUCAUUCACUGCCACAUCGACCAACUCUCGAACUCAGGAUCAACUGAAAUUGUCACUUUUGACUACGGACCUUUUGACUAUCAUCAUCAAGAACAAUACGGAAAAUGGGAAAUUGUUCACAGAAUGCUUCGGUGCAAAACUUUUGGUGGAGAUUGUCUGUGGUGAAAGUCAACGAGGAAUGGAGAAGUUCUUUAUUGCAAUUAGUCAAACAACUACUGAUCUCUUCUCAAGGUAUGGUUCAACUAAUUUUUCUAUUUUUAUCCUCAACAUUCAGGCACUGCUUGGUGUUGUUCGUGAGUCUCACAAAGUUCGAAUACAAUUCCGAAAGUCUGGAGGAUUCUUGGCUCUCUCUGCACUUUUACUGGGUCUAGAGAAGAGAUUCGCAGAUGUUCAACAAAGGGAUGAUGGUAGAAUCCCAAUGGAACAUUGUCAAAUGCUAGAAUUUGUUCAUAUCAUUUUCAAAGUGUUUACUUUGAGUAUGCGUUUUGAACCAUCUAAUGCAAAAUAUUUUUCAACGGAGAUCACAUGGGAUAGUAUCACAUCUCUCCUUCGGCUGACAUGCAUUUUCAAUGAGUCUACCGUCAUUUCGAUUGAAGAACCUGAAUGGAAGACGUUGACUCACACGGAUCUUGCUUCUGAAAUUUUGGCAUGUCAUGAAGUUUUCCGAUUGGAUGAUAGUAUCGAGGCGGGAAAUGUUCCGAAAGGAAUGCCAUUUUCCAUUUAUUUUGGCUGCUACGUAUGUCGAUUGAUUUUCAAUAUGGCCCUGGACAACUACGAGAAGAUGACAACAGACAUCCGAUGGAAUGAUGAUAGAGCAUCACUGGAAGAGUCAAUAGUCUCUUGGACGUCUUCUCUUUUAGUUCAUCCUGGAGCUAUUAUUUCAAUGUUAUGCCUUCUUCCAUCCAUUUCUUCCUCCCCUUCUUCAACAUCUUCUCCGUCACCAGAAGCCACUAAAUGGACAGUAGCUGCACAGUAUUACGUGUCUCUUCUGCUGAAAGCAAUUUUGAAAUCUGAAAGAAAUCAACAGAUAAUGUGUCAAGUGGAUAUGCCGAAACAUCUUCUUCGGAUAGCUGGAAAACUAUUCCUCAUUGAGAAUCAUGUCCUUCUCCAAUCAUUUUAUUAUCUCUUGGAAAGACUCAGUUAUCAAUCGUUGACUCCAAAUCAACUACGAAGUUUUCUCCGUCUCGAUAGUCCAUUAUGUUGUAGAAGUUUGGAUGAUGACGAUGAAGAUGAGAAUGGAAAUGAAGUUGCCAACAAUGAAGGAGGUCCAGUGCCACUUCAAAGGGUUAAAGCUCUUGUUUCAAUGAUGACACCUAGAGAUCAAUAUGUUGGAACUGCGCCAAGUUUCGUAGAAUUUGAUAUGUCAGUUGAAGGAUUUGCUGCUCUUUAUCUUCCAUCGCUAGCUCCAAUGUUCUCAACAACAAAAACCGAACGUAUCUUCCCACCACUCAACGGUUUCUCAUUCUGCACAUGGAUCUAUCUGGAUUCUUUGUCUGACAAAAAAGCAGAUGCCCAUCCGAUUCGUCUCAUAACAAUAACCCGAGCCGUUGCUCCGGCAGCAGAGUUAUCCUCAAAGAAAGCUCCCCAACCAACUCAUUUGGCAUGUUUCCAAUGCCAGUUCUCGGCAAUUGAUAGAAGUUUAUUGAUUUCAACUGAAGAGAGUGAUCAACCAGGAGCUGAUUUGGAGAAGAUUGCAAAUUUCCAAACAGAUAAAUUGAUUCGAAUAACACUGGCUGAUCAAGUUCGGUGUGGAGAAUGGUUUCAUUUGGCAGUAGUUUUCAAUCGAUCGGUUCUAAAGUCUUCUCAAGUAAGUAAUUGCAUUCUUAUGAAUGAAGCACAUUCAUUUUCAAUUGUUUCUGUAUACCUGAAUGGACGUCACAUUUCCACUCAGAAAUUGAUGUAUGUCGCACAAAAUGCGGGCGGAGCAGCUACUCAGUUGGCACAAACCUAUUCAGUAAACGCAGCUGUUGGUACUUUACCGGCACUCAGAAGGCCUAGUAGGUUACGAUUCCGUCUUGCUUCCAUCUUUCUAGCAGAAGAGCCAAUGACAGCUGAAACAGUUCGAGCUAUUGUUCAACUUCAGCCACAUUAUAUUGGUAAUUUCCAAACUGCCAGUGCCGAGAGAACUCCACUGUUUCAUGAAGAAAAGAUUGUGUUUUCUCUUUCGGCAGCCGCUACACAAGAAUUGACUCUUGCUAAAAUUAGAACAAUGUAUGGGAAAAUGGAUGCCGAGAUUCUGUCGCAACAUCUUGGAAUCUCCUCAAACGAUCACAGUACUCCUCUUCGCGUUCUAUGCAACACAAUUUCUCAUGCACCUGGAGCUGGUCGAACAUUUGGUGGAGUAAUUGUUGGAUAUCUUGGAAUGAGAACAUUCACUCCUCGCCCUGUUCCAUCUCUUUUGGACUCUAUUGGAGGAUUUGCUAGUGUUUAUGGUCUUAUUGCAAUGGCUGUUGAUUCUGAAGGACUUUACGCGUCUCUGAAAUCGCUCGUAUCUGCGAUUCGCUCACAACCUCGAUUACUCGCCACUUGGAACAAUAACAGGUCGUAUCAAAUUCUAGCUGUUCUCCUGGAAGACAAAGCAAACAUGCUCAAUUCUCAUAUCAUGCACAUGGUAUUCAAUGUGACUGGAACAGCAGAUACCUCUCGGGAACACGCUCCUACAAUUUCUAAUCCGUCUGCUUUUGAAGAUCUAUUGUGUGAUCUGAAAGUGUGGAAAGAAGCACCGAGUGAACUGCAUAAAAUGCUUCUGGAGCACUUUUAUGAGUUGAUUACAGAUCAUCAAUUGAACAAUCUCCAAGUUGUUCGACGAUCUUCUCUCCUGUCACGACUUCUUCUGAUCAUACAUGACGAACCAUCGAUGAUUCAAAACACGGAUGAAAUAGUAUUUAAUCUGAUUUCUGCAAUUAUCCAACCGCAAUGUGAUAGUCGAAGUAUUCUGAAAGUGGGUCAAUGUAUCGCAGCAACACUUCCAACGAGUGAAGCAGAAUGUUAUGAAGACUCUCAUUUGCCAUUCCACAUUGCUGAAAUCCAGAAGAUGUAUCUAGAAUUGACAGAAGAUCCAUCGGAAGCGCUUCACAAUGUUUAUAUCAGAAAUCGUCUUCUGAAUAUCAUUGCCAACUUCUUAUCAAAUUCAAAUGCACAAGUUCAACAACAAAUGUGUGAACAUAUCGUCCGAACUCUUGGAUUCGACUGGCUCUUUGCAUUAAUGUCCCCUGGAGUCCACUCAGGAACAAUCUAUCUUGCUCUUCGGAUUCUUUUGCUCAUUCUGAAUCAACCUUCUCUUCUAGCUCGUUUCAAAGAAGGAUCAGCGAAUGGAGGGUGGUUGUCUGAAGCUGAUUCUGUUGUUAGAAAUCGAGCAGCUGUAGUUUUGGGCUUCUCAGUUUCCGCUCACGGAGGAGCUGUUGGAUCCAAAAUUGACAUCAAUCCAGAACUAUCCAACUGUGGAGGAUUUGCAGCUUUAGAACAUUUGAUGGGUGCUCAUGCUGAUAAACCAUACCCAUACUAUGCAAUGCUUUCGAUUCUCGUUGGACAGCCUAUUCCAGCUUUGAGGUAUUGUUUUUGGAAACUUUUAAAGUACAAAAUAUUUUUUUCUAGAUUCUGUGACCAGUUUAAUAUGGAACUUGUGUGGACCCAUGUCUUCGGUCUCAGUUCCACUAGUUCUGUUUUUGAAGCAAUCAACUCUGCUAACUUCUGUUUUGAUGCUCUAAUUCCAUUGUUCGCCAUGAUUCGGACUUCUAUCUAUCACCAAUCCACAAUUCAUCAACAAUGGACCAUCACAAAUCCAUCGACUGUUAUUCAGAUGAUCACUUUCAUGUAUCAAAACUCUCCAGCAUUCUUCAACAUUGCUCAUUCCGAUGAAUUCGUCCUUGCCUUGUUUUCUACUUUGAUUGAGGAUACAAAUGCAAUGGGAGUGAAGUCAGAAAUAGCGAAUCGGAGAAGUCAAGAUGGUUCGCCAGAUUCCGAGUAUUUCCAAACUUUCCUUACCCAACCAAAUGUGAAAAUCGUCAUGGACUUGCUCAAAAAGAUAUUCAGUGAUAACUUGCAAUUGAACUCGUCCAAAAAUGAUACUAUUAUCGAUGUGAUUCUGGAUAAUAUAUCUGAAAGUGGAAUCACCCGAAAAGCUCAAGUAGCCUGCCUAACUUCUCUUCUUCAUUCGGUUCUGGAACACGCCGUUAGCACUGAUUUACUCGCUUCGUCUGCCCUUCCUCCCAACACUCAACCUCAAAAUCUUGUUCAAAUUGUCUCCAAUAUUUCUGUCCUGUCCUCAAGAGCAGUCGACGCAUUUUGGAAUGGACUUGUGUUUGGAAGUGAAUCAAUGCGGAUGCUUUCAACUCUCUAUCAUCUUCAAGUGAUUGCGAGUAAAAAAGUGAACAAAGCGGUGAAUGCAGAACCAAUCACCGGAUGUAUAAUGAGAAUGACUCUGUUCAUUUUGAGUCGUCCUAUAGAUUCAGUUCCUGUUCAGUUGUCAGUUUUGGAUGCUCUAAGCAGUUUGGUAUCAAAACGAUAUUUGUUUUUGGCAUCCAACGAAGCCUGGUUCUUCGCAUCACUCACUCAUCUCAUUUUUAUGCUUUCCGUUACGCCAGAUGUAUUAUUCCAGGACAACUCUUCUGAUUUGGAUCGUACCAGUGCUCAAGUUGCCAUGUGUGCCUGUCGGGUGUGGUCUGAUGUGAUAUGUGCGAAACAGGGAUUGAUUGAAGAAACAUUUAAAAAGCAAUCAGUGACUGACAUUAAUGCGGCUCGAGCUCUUCUGUCUCAUUCUGCUGGAGUCUACUGGCAACAGUUUGUGGAUUCACAACUCAGAACUAUUCAAACAGGAGGAUCAGCAGCACAGAGUGGUUCAUACACAACAAAGGACAUCAUUCAGCAACAGAUCAGUUCGAAGUUCAAUCGUGUUGCAUCUGGGAUUACUCGGUUUGCGGCCAAGAGAUCUAUGAGCACAACUACAGCCUUACCCUCAACAGGACCUGGAUCAGUGGCUGCUUGGAAGAAUACGUCAGCUGAUAAACAAGUGAUAUUCAUGUGGCUUCGAGUUCAUGUCAGUCUGAUAAAAGAGUUGGUGAGAGCACAAAGUACGAGAUACACGGAAUGGCAUGCUCAUGUCCGAAAAUGGUGUCUUCACGACUGGCAUCAGUGGGAAGCUGAAUUGACUCGAGAACGAGGAAUUUGGGGACCGGAACGAGCAUCAAAACUAGAAAAGUUCAAAUUAGACCUUACUGAAGGACCGACUACGAGAAUGCGGAGAAAGUUGAUUCCAAAUAGAAAUUUCUAUCACGUCUAUCCAUUCCGUCCUCAUUUAGAAGCUCCAACAGCUAAAGCUCAAAGAGCCAAAGUUGCGAUUUCCCUCGAUUCAAAAUUGUACUAUGAAGCGUGUCUGAUACAUCGGAGACGAACUCUUGACACUCGGAUUAUCGAUUCGUCAUCCGUUUCUAUUUUAUCUCCGGAUGAUGGAUCUGGAUCUUCUUCGAAUCUACUGGGUUACUCAUUUACUGAUCUAUCACAAAUCAAUUCUUCGCUUAUCAGAAGGCUCUCCACAACGGCGCCAACCACAAGUUCUCAGAAUACGACUGGAACAAGUAUUGAAUUGAAUGAAGAGGAAUGUGAAACUUUAGAGAGAAAAGAUGAUGACGAUUCAACAUCUUCCAUUUCUGAAAAACUGCCCUCAGAAGCCAAUGGUGUUUCGCCGCAACAAUCAAACCAAUCAAGUGCUUCGGCUUCUAAUAACUCUGGAACAGCUCACAAAAAAGAAGAGAGAAAAGAGGAAAAGAAGGCUGGACCAGACAAUCAGACACUUCUCAGACUAUUGGAACAAGGAGAACAACUUCAUUCGAUGUUCAGAUGUGCUAGGAUACAGGGAUUAGAAACUGCAGAAGGGCUGCUUCUGUUUGGAAGAGAUCAUUUCUAUGUGGUUGAUGGGUUCACCCUUCUAAAGACUAAAGAAAUCCGUGAUUUGGACUUUUUGAGUCAAGAAAUGCACGAUCCAAUUGUCCCAUAUCCUGCAACUGGAGCUACGCAACCACCUAAAUCCUCAAGACUUUGUUCAAAGUUCAGUUAUAACAUGAUACGGGAAGUUCAUAAAAGAAGAUAUCUUCUUCAACCGAUUGCUCUGGAAGUAUUCAGUUCGGAUGGAAGAAACUACUUAUUGGCGUUCCCUAAGAAAAUUCGAGAUCGAGUUUUUGAUAAACUAACAUCGAUGGCUAUCAACCUGUCUUCUGGUGGAUCCGAUUCUUUGGGCGGACAGAAAUCUAAUGUUGCCAUUGAGACAACAGGACGUGGUGCAUCUCUGCUAUCAUCUUUGAUUGGUCAGCAAUCUGUUACUCAGAGAUGGUUAAAUGGAAACAUAUCCAACUUCCAAUAUUUGAUGCAUUUGAACACUUUGGCUGGAAGAUGCUACAAUGACUUGUCUCAGUAUCCGAUAUUUCCAUGGGUGUUGGCUGAUUACACAAGUCCUCAGCUAGAUUUCACGAACAUCUCAACUUUCCGUGAUUUCUCUAAACCAAUGGGAGCACAAUCACCUGAUCGGUUGGAACAGUUUUUGAAGAGAUUCAGAGAAUGGGAUGAUCCAUCUGGAGAGACUCCUCCGUAUAUGUAUGGAACUCAUUACUCUUCUGCAAUGAUUGUUGUCUCGUAUUUGGUUCGAUUGGAACCGUUCACUCAACAGUUUUUGUCACUUCAAGGAGGUCAUUUUGAUUUAGCUGAUCGAAUGUUCCACAGUGUUGGAGAUGCAUGGACAUCAGCUUCUCGGAACAAUAUGGCGGAUGUUAAGGAACUAAUCCCAGAAUUCUUCACCCUUCCCGAAAUGUUCACAAAUUCGAAUCGUUUUGAUUUGGGAGUCAAACAGAAUGGAAUCGCUGUCAAUGAUGUACUUCUUCCUGCCUGGUGUCAUGGAGAUCCACGAGAAUUUGUACGUUUACAUCGCCAAGCUUUGGAAAGUGAUUACGUUUCGUCACAUCUUCAUGAAUGGAUUGAUCUGAUUUUUGGAUUCAAGCAAAAUGGAGAGGAAUCGGUUAAGAAUAACAACCUGUUCCAUCAUCUUUUCUAUGAAGGAUCGGUCGACUUUGAGAGAAUUGACGAUCCAUUGACCAGAAAUGCGACGAUUGGAUUUGUGAAUAAUUUUGGACAGAUUCCAACUCAACUAUUCAAGAAGCCACAUCCGCAGAAGAAGGUCAAUAUUUUGGAAGGAUUCAGUAAUACUCCAGGAGUCACAACAUCUAGAUUGUUCUAUCAUGCGAUUCAUAAUAUGACACCUCCACAAUCUCCAUUCAAAGAAUUACGAUCUGCAGUUGGAUCAAUCCAUCAGAAUGACAAGAUUGGAGUUGUGGCAUUGGAACAGAACAAGGUUUUCAUUGGAACGAAUCGAUACAUUACUUGGGGAUUACCGGAUCGAAGUGUGAGAAUGGGACAGAUUGAUACGGAUAAAUCAGUUUGUGUUCAUGAAAUGUGUGAAGUUGAUGAGAUGACGUGCGCGGCUGCUGGAGAUGAAACGACGUUGUUCUGUGGAAAUACUUCUGGGUGUAUAACGGUCUGGAAAGUGAAAAGUAAACCAUUGUCCAUGAAGAAACUUUCCGUGCUGAACGGACAUUCCGAUGCGAUCACUUGUUUGGUUUCCAGUCAAUCUCAUGCAGUUCUAAUUUCUGCUUCUCGAGAUCUUACUGUUCUAGUUUGGCAUCUAUCUGAAAUGUUCUUAAUCCGUCAGCUUCCAAAACAUUCACAUGCUGUUUUGGCUGUUGCCAUCAACGAUGCUACUGGAGAUAUUGCAACUGCUUGUUCUACACUUUUACGUGUUUGGACAUUGAACGGAGAACUUCUGGCUGUUCUGAAUACUUGUGAUGUGGCGCCGGCUAUUGAUCCUCAACAGAUGAUCAUUUCUCUUGCAUUCUCAACGAUGAACGAAUGGGACAAUGAUAAUGUUAUAAUGUGUGGAACAUCCGAUGGAAUAGUCAAGAUCUAUUCUUGUGUUGUUUUUGAAAAUGAUGGGAGCGUCAGUGAAAACCCGGUUUUGGAAAGCACAAACAUGAUUAUGAAUAUGGAAGACCGAUCAUCAGGAAGUGCUAUAAUUGCAGCACGUCUAGAAAAACAGCGAAAACGACUGAAGAAUAGUUCAACUACUGCAACAUCCUCAAGUAUUUCUGGAUCAGGAUCCGUCUCGGUGACGUCAUCAGGCCCGGCGAGUCCUUCUUCUGGGAACAAGGCAACAAAAAGUGAAGAUGGAGGAUCACAGUUUGUACGAGUUCUCGUUCAAAGAACAGCCUUAACAAUGCACACUGCGUUCAAUCGUCCUGACAAUGUUCAUCCAGCUCCCAUCACAGCAAUCGCUCCCAGUAGAGAUCAUCGUUCACUUUAUGUUGGUGAUGGAAUAGGCCGUGUUUGGUGCUGGCAAGGAGGCGAAGGUGGAGGAAGAGCUGAUCAUUGGGUUCAAGAUGUUAUGAGGCAGCGAUGUGAUGACUGUGAACACAAAUUCACUUUAGCCGAUCGGAAGCAUCAUUGCCGGAAUUGUGGUCAAAUAUUUUGUUCAACAUGCUCUCGAUUCGAGUCUCACAUUACUCGAAUGAAUAUUUCUCGGCCAGUACGGGUGUGUCGAAAAUGCUUCUUACGGCUACAACAGUCUUCCUAA